GGAGAAAUGGGCAGCUGGUUCUGGUGGCCGGGAAGGCUUGCUUCUUCAGUCCGGACUAACGUCCACUGAGUCGGAUGUGAGAGAACAUUUGGGAGGCGAAUACAGAGCUCCGUGGAGCUUGUGUGUUAUUAUUAUUUUAUCCGAGCUUGCAGUGUGACUCUUUAAAUAGACAAGCGUCUCCCUCCCCUGUAGGCUGAAGCAGCCUCCGACGUUGGUCAAGCUCGGAGCCUGAGACCAUUCUACUUCCGGGUUGUGUUUCAGGCGGGAAAGCGAUAAGGCACGGUGAUGUUUACUUCAACAUCUGUUAUGUUGUUUUAAAACGUCAUUGUGAUUAAAUGUCAACUACCACUUUGUACUUUCAACUUGAUAGUACCCUAAUGUAGCUUUAUUAACGCAAUAGAGUCGAUAUAUAUUCGUCAUAUAUUACUAGGAUGUAGAAUUGUAUUGGAGAAGGUAGACUAACACUGUUAUUUCAAAUAUGAAAUAUGUCAAAUGAUUAAUAAUUAAAAAUAAUGUGCAAAACAUAAUAUUCCAAGAAACAGACUUCGCAGCGUUUGUGCCAAGUGUUUAUUUUGAAAUGGUGCUUCUGCUUUAUAAAAUAGAACUUCGUGGUAUUGACGAUUUGGUGAUUCACUGGGAGCCAGGAGAAUUUUCUAGAAGGCAAAUUGAUUUGUGUGGUGUGUGUGCGAAUGUCAGUCACUAUACUGGGUCCCAGUUUGCAUCAACCAGGUGACUAAUAAAACAACCAACUGACAGUGACAGAACAUAACAGAACAGUUUGUUCCGGAUGUGACGCCACCACUAACCGCACGCUGAAUACAGUAUGAAAAGUGAAGUUAGCAUGAACGAGAAAGGAUACAAGACCGCCAUCAGGUGCAACUACAGUGCCAUCUGCCGUAUCAAGGUGGCAAUGCAGUUUCCCCAGACAAUGCUGCUGCAGGGGAUGCUGUGGUGGUGGUGGUGGUGGUCCACUCGCAGUGAGUCAGCAGCGGAGCAGGUCUGCAGCGAAGUCAUCUGCACCAAUGGAGCAGUUCCGCGGUUUAUUUGUCAAACUGGACCAGAACAAUGACGGCUUCAUCUCUCUGUCGGAGCUCCACAGGGAAAUGAGCAAACAUGGCAUCUUGGCGGCAGAUGCCAAGGUCCAGAAUGUCAUUGAUUCCUACGACAAUGACAACAACGGUGUGCUGGACUAUGAUGAGUUUCUCAACUACAUGAUGGACAGAGAGAAGAACUGGAAAAUUUACUUUCAUCAGCUGGACAAGAACAAGUGUGGAGUGAUUGACCAGGAGGACAUCAUAUGUUUGUUUAAGGAGUUAGGAGUGCUCAUUUCAAAGGCCAAUGCCAAAAAAGUAAUACAAAUGAUGGACACGGACAAUUCGAUGACAGUGGACUGGGACGAAUUCCUGCAGCACGUCAUCCUCAAGCCCGUGGACACCAUCGGGGAGUUGGUGUCGUCAUGGAAACACAGUCUGAUUUUCGACAUAGGUGAGAGCCGAGCGUUGGCCAUUGAGUUUCCCGAAGACAAUUCUGGUGUUGGUGCAUGGAGGACAUUUGUUCUUGGUGCGGGAUUGGCUGAUGCUGUAUCCCGAACAGCCACAGCUCCCAUCGACCGCCUCAAGACCCAACUGCAGUUUUAUGGAUCCAAAGCCUUCUCUCAAGGCUUUCAGGAGAUUCGGUCCGGUGGCUUGCGUUCCAUGUGGCAAGGCAACGCUGUCAACGUGCUAAAGGGGACGCCGCAGUCCACACUUCAGUGUCUCAUCUAUGCUCAGAUGAAGGUGUCAGUGCAGGACCGAAGUCAGAAGAAUCUAAGUGUCCGGCAGCGCUUUGGCUUGGGUUGUGUUUCUGGUGCCGUCGCUCAUGCUGUCUUCUACCCUUUGGAGGUGUUGAAAGUGAGACUCAACCUGCAGCAAGUGGGCACCCAUCACGGGGUGGUGGCGUGCGCCCGCUCCAUCUACAGGAACGAGUCUUUGUUGUCAUUCUACAGGGGCUUCAAACCCAGCAUCCUGUGCAUGAUCCCUUAUGCAGGUGUGGAGUGUGCAGUUCAUCAGUCAAUCAUGAACUGGGCCCAGAGUGAUCCAGCCUACAGCAGUGACUCCAGGCUGUUCGCCUUCAGUUUUAUGGCCUUUGCUUGUGGACAAAUGACCAGCUACCCUUUGGCGGUCAUAAGAACACAGCAGCAAGCACGAGCCUUUUCCUCGCAUUCACAUGCUGCAUCAGGCGUGCUGCAGGGCCUCCUUGGGAUUUACCAGAGACACGGACUGAGGGGAUACUACAAUGGAAUGGGAGCCAGCUUCGUCAGGGCUGUUCCAUGUGCACUCAUCAACUUCAUCUUAACAAGAACAUUUGAAAAUCUCUUUUCCUCGACGGAAUCCUGACAUUUAGCAUUUCGGU